CCCCUUGUCUCUCUUUUGCAUUAUGAUCCCUCAAAAGCUAAUCUUUUUAAGUAUUAGUGCCCCCUUUUAAGUGUCUCUAAAGAUUUAUUCUUGCAUAGUAGCCAUGGCAGGUGGUAAUGAAGUUAACGCUGCUGAAUCUAAGAGGCUGGUUCCACUUAAUACAUGGAUUCUCAUCUCCAAUUUCAAACUGGCUUACAACAUGCUUCGCCGGCCUGAUGGAACAUUCAAUCGCGAUUUAGCUGAGUUCUUAGAGCGUAAGGUCUCUGCGAACUCGUUUCCAGUUGAUGGGGUUUACUCUUUUGAUGUAGUUGAUAGGGCGACAAGCUUGCUUAACCGUGUCUAUAGACCCGCUCCUGACAAUGAGGAUGAAUGGGGUAAAGUAGAGCUUGAAAAACCAUUGAGCACCACAGAAAUUGUUCCGGUUAUUGUUUUCUUUCAUGGUGGAAGUUUUACUCAUUCUUCAGCUAAUAGUGCUAUUUACGACACAUUCUGUCGUCGCCUUGUUAGCAUUUGUAAGGCUGUGGUUGUUUCUGUGAACUAUAGAAGAUCGCCUGAACAUCGAUACCCUUGUGCAUAUGAUGAUGGAUGGGCUGCUCUUAAAUGGGUAAAAUCAAGAACGUGGCUUCGAAGUGGGAAGGGUGGAAAAGUUCAUGUCUACUUAGCUGGUGAUAGUUCUGGUGGUAACAUCGCUCACCAUGUUGCUGUAAGGGCUGCUGAAGAUCAGGUCGAAGUAUCGGGUAAUAUUCUUCUUCAUCCGAUGUUUGGUGGGGAAAAAAGGACUGAAUCAGAAAAGAGAUUGGAUGAGAAAUUUUUUGUUACAGUUCAAGACAGGGAUUGGUACUGGAGGGCAUAUUUACCAGAAGGGGAAGAUAGAGACCAUCCAGCAUGUAAUAUAUUUGGCCCAAGAGGUACAAGCCUCGAAGGACUUAAAUUCCCAAAGAGCCUAGUUGUGGUGGCUGGUUUGGAUCUUGUUCAAGAUUGGCAAUUGGCUUAUGUUAAAGGUUUGCAGGAAUUAGGGCAUGAGGUGAAUCUACUAUAUCUAAAGCUAGCAACAAUUGGUUUCUACUUCUUGCCUAAUAAUGACCAUUUUCGCUGCCUAAUGAAGGAGAUAACCAGCUUCAUCCAUCCUGUCUGUUCAUAGGUUUACCUAACUUCAAUCACAGGCAGCUAAUACAUAUCAGAACUUGACUAGUACUAGUAUAUAUAUCGUGUAUAUUAGACGAUUUACGUAGAUACUUCUCACCCUUGCUCGUCGACCUUUGUGUUAACACGACUACCUGCACCUUAUGGAUCAGUUCUAUGGUCUUCUUGUCGUAAAAGCUGUGAAGGUAUUUAGUGAGAAAGUCAGCCAAAUCUGGUUCCUUAGAAUUGUGACUUAGAGUGAUUCCAAGAAGCAUCUUGUUUUGAGCUUACUUGGGGAAUUUCUGUAGUAAUGGGGUUGAAGUGGUAGUAUUGGUAAGGUAGUAGCUUUCUUGGUUUCAGCAUCUGGCUAUUACUUCAGAUGAAUUGGAAAAUUCAUGCUGUGGCAACUUACUUUGUAUGUUAUACUUGUGCUCUAGAGAUGUAAUAUAAACAUUUUGUUCUCUCUGUUAGUCAUAGUUUGAUCCUUCA